AUGGUCGUACUGACAAUGACGGAAUGUAGUCACUAUGUUAAGCAUUGUAACAUCAUCGCACCUUGUUGCUAUAUCGAAUAUGGAUGUCGUCUGUGCCAUGACGAGACUGAAGACCAGUAA